AUGGAAUUCAAUUAUUUGAAGUAGGCUUAGUUGGCUUCAAAAAACAAUCAAAUAGCUCAAACUACUUAGGGGACCCUAUUAAGCAAGAAGUAAACUCAGCAUGGAUUUCAUCACAUGCCCAAUUCAGUUCAGAUUGUAGAUAACUACACUGAUAUAGAAAUGGACUCUAGUAUGCUCUAUCUAUAGAUCACUUAAAUCAAUGGGACUAAUUCCAGCAGCAAUAAUUUACAAAAGCAACCAUCAGUAUUUCAAUAAAAACUUAAUAGCAAUUUUACACCAAAGGGAUCAAGGUAAAAAGUUUUGAAUCACAAUAUUAAUGAGGAGAGGACAUAGCUCAAAAAUAGAAACUCCAAUCUAAAUCAAGGAGGAUCGCCUAACCCUAAAAAUUCACUUCCUCAAAAUAGAAGUCCCAAUAAUGAUUUGGUUUUCAGUGUUUAAAAAAACUAUAACCAUUAAGUAGACAAUAAUUUCAAUGAAAUAUAGAGCUUAUUAAAAAAGAAAAAUCUUAAACUCCGUUCGAAGACUACUAAACUAACUCGCUAGGAAAAUCAAAAUAACGAGCCCAAUUUUGACUCAAAAUAGCAAAGGUUACAAUUGUAGAUGAAGCACUGCGAAGCUAAUUAGAACAGCCAUAAUGAUUAAGAUUAAUUGAAAAAGGUAUCUAUGUAACGGAGGUCACAAAAAUUUCAGCAUAUCAUGGAGUAUAAACAAGAGUAAUAGGUGCAUUAAUUGUAUUAUACAGGUGAAUUUAAUCAUAAUUAACAGAAGAAAUCUGGAUCCUUUUAUAACACUUAAUAUGGAAAUUUUUAACAGCAAUAAAGCAAUGUUAAAGCUACAAGCAUGAGGGGGUCGGAAAUUAUUAAUCAGGAAGUAAUUGGAGGGAUAUUUGAAGGAGGAUUUUAAUUGCCUAAUUUAAAUCUUAGAAAUUAAUAAAUACCCUCAAACCUUAAUGAGUCACCACCAAAACCAAACAGAAGUGUACUCUAAUCGUAAGAAAGUGGUUCAUCACCAAGUAAAUUGCUUAAAAGGAGCAUAAAUGGAUUACUUAAGCACCCUUAGGUCUAAAGAAGGAAAAUCUCAUAAUUUAAUCAGGAUGUACAUUUAACAGACGGGAAUAUUACUUCUUAAGAAUCUAAUUUGUUCAAGUCUGAUUUACAAAGAGAAAAUAAUCUAACACAAAUGGUCUAGUCAUUGAUCUAAAUGCAGAAUAAAGAUUUUAUGGAACGCCGUUAGUCUCAAUAGGUAUCUAGUAGAUAAGAUCACUAUGCUGAUUCUGGUCUCAGUACCAAUAAUAAAUUACUGCAUAAGGAUAUGCAAAAUUGGUUGUAGAAUGAUAUAAUUGUUAGCAGAGAUUAGAAAUUCGGGAGAGAUCUGAUAUAUAACGAUACUAACAAAUCAGCUCAUCUCUUUUCCUAAGGCUAGCUAAGCUAGCAAUCCUAGUAUUCACAAGUCUUUUAACAGUCAUAGAAAUGCCUUGAACAGCUUAUUUCAGAACAAAGACAAAGUUUAGCCUCACUGCCUUUGGCCGAAAUUCAGUAAUAAACAUGUGAUUAGGAUCCUAUUUAUACUUAAAAAUCUAACUAAGAAAAUAAGUUAGAGGAAGCUAUAGAAAUAUUUCCCUAGUACUUUGAAAUUUAGCAGCUAAGAACUUCUUAAAAUCAAAGAAUCAAUAUCGAAUCAGACUACAGAGAACUCAAAAGGAAGGAAAUUAAGGUUGAUAUGCUAUCAUCAGUUGUUAACACUGGUAGUCCCAUUAAGUAAAAUAGAAUGUCUAGUCGGAGAGGUUCAAAUGAUCCUAAUUAAGAGAAUGACUCGAACAAUAGCCAUGAAUAAGUGAUAUCUGACUAUACAUAAUAAUUGAGCGGGAAGUUAAGCCUCCCAUCAAAGGGAGACAAAAGAAAGUCUGCAGCAUUAGCAAUAGCUCAAUUGCAUGAUUCAAUGUCAAUUACGAAAUAAACUCCAUAAAAGCACAUACUUAAAUAAAAAAUGCUCUAAAUAAAACCUUUAACAAAAAAUCAGAAUUCUCUAGAAGAAAAGAUAUGUUAAACGCCAGGCUUUAGAUAGGUCUAAAUAGAGAAGAAUUAGCAUCUAAAAAAGCUUAGUGGUACUGAUACCAAAUGUGAACUAUCCGAGGAUUCUAAAAUAAAAUUUGGAUUAGGACAUAAUACUGGAAGUUUUGUAAAUCAAAGAAAUGAUGUAUUGAUCAAUAUGAAUAUGACUGCAAAUGAUGACGUCAAAAAUAUGGCUUUGAGCAGUUUUAAAUAAAAUGUACUUAAUAUCUAGAGGAUAAAUAUACCAUAGGCUUAGCAUAUCAAUAAUGCAGUAUCAUUGUCUCCUUCAAAAAUGGUUUAGAAUAAGAAUAUCAAUAGUCCGGUACUAAACAGAAAAUCAUUACUGUCUCGAAGAUAACCAACAAAUGAAAAAAUGAUGCAGCCUAAUACUGGAGAUAAAUCUGGAAUCACUAAGAGACUUCUUUUUAGAAGAAGAGAAAGAAUGAAAGAAAAAAAUCUUAUAAUCAUUUACUAUGAUGGAAUAAUUGGUGAUACAAACUAGUAUUCAAGUUAUAAUAAUUUCAGAUUGAGGUAUGGUUCUAUUAUAGCACUUAGAAAGCUAUAUUCAUGGGCAUAAGUUGUAGUUGUUAUGCCUUAUGCAACAAAAAGAGCGAAAGUAAUAGUAACUUAUCUCGAAAAGCAUCAAGGAUGCCCUAUUGACGCUAUUUAUACAUUAAGGUAGAAGUAACUUGGAAAGACAUAGGAAAGGUGGUACAGAUACCAAUAGAUCUUUGAAGAUUUUGAUGUAGAUGAUGAGGAAAAAAUAAUUUCUAAUGUUAUGGUAAGUAUACUUUAGAAUUAAUAUUAUAAUUAGAUCAUUGGAUCGUACAACAAGGAGGUUUAUGAUAAAUAGGAAUUUUAUAAGGACUUUAAAAAUGACUAAAAUUAUUCUUUCGGUCAAGAGCCCUCUUCUAAGUCUUCUAAUUUCUCUAACAUAUUAUUGUAAAAUACAUAUGCUAAUUUACUUAGAGAAGGAUGUAGUGGGCUAAGCUCAAAAUCUGAAGUGACAGGAAGAUCCAAUAAAGUAAAUCCAGUGACUUUGAUAGUUCCACACUUGAAACUAGAAACUAACAAUUGCAACUUCAUUCAUAUUGUCAAAUGCAUAGAAAACAUGAAGUACUAUUAGAUUGACUGCAAUAAACUUAAUGAUAAUCAAAACGUUGAAAUUCAAAAUGAUACAAGUGCUAUUAAUAAUAGGUCGAUGUAGAGUACAUCUAUUGAGAAUUCAGACUUUUAUCAUGGAAGACGUAAGAAAUCUUGA